ACUGGAUUAGGGAGUUCACAGAUCAUAAUCCUUUUGUUUUUCCUGUUGUUUCAGUGUCCUCCUUGCAUAACCACAAACAGAGCUCUGCAGCUUGGUUUUUCCAUGGCGAGGAUUUGGAACUCUAAACUGGGAAACGUCUGCACCUCCAAGACUUUGUUCUUGCUGUUUUCCAUGCUGCUCCUCCAUGGGCCUUUUUGCGGACAGGGCAACCCCAUCUCCCACACCCUUCAGAGGCAUCGCCCGGCUCCGGGGCUGGGAGACGGACAUGGAGGGGUGGUGGAUCCCUCACUUUUGGAGCAGGACGGUGACGUGGACAUGCAGAGCCUGCUGGAGAGCCUGAAGGAGCAGUUUCUCCGAACUUUCAACCUGUCUGGCUUGGGUCCCCCUCACCAGCCUCAUGGAAGCACUCGUGUGGAGCCGCCAGAAUACAUGAUGGAGCUCUACAACCGCUUUGCUAAUGACCAAACUGCCAUGCCCACCGCCAACAUCAUCCGCAGCUUCAAAAAUGAAGACUCAUCUCCCAGUGUUGUGGGUGUUGGGGGUGUGAGGCGCCACCCGCUCCUCUUCAACGUGUCCGUCCCCCACCAUGAACGCAUAACAGCGGCCGAGCUCCGCCUCUACACCCUGGUUCAGACCGACCGUCACCUUUAUGCCGGGGUCGACCGCAAGGUCACCAUCUAUGAGCUGGACCCCCAUGAUGGGGAUGACAACAUGACUGAGGAGAGCAUGCCCAGGGGAGAUACUUUCAGAGGAGAAGGAGGAGGACAAGAAACGGAGCUGGUGGAGUUGGCUUCACGUCAAGUUUACGGCACCGACAACGGCUGGGAGGCCUUUGACCUCACUGCUGCCGUUCAACGCUGGCGCAAGUCUGACUAUGGAACCACCCACAGGUUGGAGGUGCACAUUGCCAGCCUGGCUAAUGAAGACAGUGUUCAGGGUAUGAUGGAGGGCCACGAUGAUGGGGGGCAACCUAAGGGGGACAUGAAGAUUGACACUAGCCCUGAAGAAAAACACAAACCUCUGCUGAUCGUUUUCUCUGACGACCAAAGCAGUGAUCACCGCGACGACAGGCGCGAGCUGAACGAGAUGAUUGACCAUGAGAUGUCAGAUGUGGUUCUCCAAGACAACUUGGGGGUGGGCCUGAAUGGACUAUGGGAGGAGUCAGAGGGGGAGGGAGCGGAAGCUGAGGAGCCAGAUGAAGAGGCCCUCAUCCAAAUGCGAUCCAACCUGAUCUACGACACGGCAUCCCGCAUCCGUCGCAACGCCAAGGGCAACCAUUGCAAGAAACAGUCUCUGUACGUUGAGUUCAAAGACAUCGGGUGGGACAGCUGGAUCCUGGCACCCACUGGCUAUGAGGCCUUUGAGUGCAGUGGCAUUUGCAGCUUCCCACUGACAAAGCAUGUCACACCCACCAAGCACGCCAUUGUUCAGACCUUGGUCAACAUAAACAGCCCUCAGAAGGCGGCCCGGGCCUGCUGCGUGCCCACCAAGCUGGACCCCAUCUCCCUCCUCUACCUGGAUGACACAGGCGUGGUCACCUACAAGUACAAGUUUGAAGGCAUGGUGGUGGCUGAGUGCGGCUGCAGAUAGUCAACACUUUCCGCAAAGCAAAAUGUUAUUAAAGUCUUACAGUGGAUAAAAGACCCAGGACACAACACGAACAAUAAGCUGACAAAGGAGAUAAAUCGGUGUUCUGCAUUAUAACCAGUUUCAACAAAAAGAAAAUAGGAACGGUUGUUGGAGUCGCUGCGAGGUUUACCCGGUGAGAUUGGAAAUGCACAUUUGUGAAUCUAUGUAUGCUCAAAAACAAACGAGUGGGGUCCGUUCAUGUAUAUGUUGUAUUUCAAGGCAAAAACAAAUAUUUCAUCUUGUACAGUCAAAGUCAACAAUAUCAGUUGCCACUAUUCAGACAGUGGAGAGAUGAACUCCAAUGGAAAUGUGCAGCAGAUCUGCCGUCAAAGUGUCAUUUAUGGUGAUGACAAGGCGUGACUUUGGGUCAGCAUGAUCGCGAAAGACUGAGAACUCCCACAGGACCCAACUAGCAACAGCGCAGUGCAGCCUACAGUGUGUGCGGUCUGGUGGGAACUGUUGGGCCAGUUGCUUCCCCCAUACCACCCACCACCCCCUCUGUUUCGACGCUGAUCCUCUGACAUCUGUCUUCCUCUCCACUUA